AUGGCACACCUUUCUCUUUCCUCUCUCUCUUCUGCUUCCUACUCACCUUCUUGUCCGCUAAUUCACCGGCGAAUCUUCGCGGUUGCUUCUAGAAUCCAAGCUUCUUCUUCUUCUUCUUCUUCAUCAAUCUCCAAUUCGAAUUCGACCCCCAAAGUCGUCGUGACCAGAGAGCACGGCAAGAAUGGCAAGCUCAUCAGCUCUCUGGCCAAGCAGGGAAUCAGCUGUUUGGAGCUUCCCCUCAUUCAGCAUACACGGGGGCCUGAUCUGGAUAGACUUCCUACUGUAUUAAGCGCAGAUACUACAUUUGACUGGAUUGUCAUAACUUCUCCUGAAGCGGGUUCAGUCUUCUUAGAGGCAUGGAAGGCAGCUGGAACUCCAAAUGUUAAGGUAGGUGUCGUGGGGGCUGGUACAGCAAGCAUUUUUGAGGAAGUAAUACAGUCAUCAAAACAAUCCCUCAAUGUUGCCUUUGUGCCAUCAAAAGCAACAGGCAAGGUUUUGGCUUCAGAACUUCCUAAGAAUGGGAAUAAAAAGUGCACUGUUUUAUAUCCUGCUUCUGCAAAGGCCAGCAAUGAGAUUGGCGUCCCUCCUCCUGCUUCUCAAUCAUUGCCUCACUCUGGUCUAAUGUGGACAUGUGGACUUUGUUAUGUUUGUCUGAACCUUUUUAUUAUAGGUUGCAGGUCUGCAGUUGCCCCUGUUCAUAAUGUCGAUCAAAUGGUUUUGAAGCUGGCACUUUCGGCCCCUGUCAUUGCAGUUGCUUCUCCUUCUGCCAUUCGUGCCUGGGUCAAUAUUAUUUCAGAGUUAGAGCAAUGGAACAAUUCAGUUGCCUGUAUUGGUGAGACAACUGCUAAGGCUGCUAAGAAAUUAGGCUUGAGAAAUGUUUACUACCCAGCAAACCCAGGUCUUGAAGGCACGAAGAACAAACACAUGGAUGGCGAAAUUUCACAAUUUCUGCAUAAACCAGCUGCAAAGCAAGGAUUUAAUAUUCUGCAAGCAGUGGGACGGAAAGCUUCCUCUAAGCGGCCUGUGAAGAGGCUGUUGGGAUCAAAUGUGGAAGAGAAAGCUUGUUCUCUUAGAUGUAUAAUUCGUUAUUUAGAUAAAAGGUAG